ACUAUUGUAACCUAGCGCCUUCUACCAAAAGUAUUACACAUUUAGCAUGGAUACCCACCUUAUUGCAUUUCAGGUCCGAAUAUUACCCACUGAUUUGAGAACUCCCUAGUUUUAUUUAAAAAAUCUACUAAGAACAAAGAAUGAUUUUCAUUUAAUUAUCUAAAUAUCGGAAAGAGAAACUCAAUCUGAAUUUAAUUCUACUUAGCAGAUAAUUUGCUAAACGCUGUCAUCCUAGGGGAUGAGAUAUUAUGGCACACGUGAUUCACGAAACUCGCUUCGUGAGCGAUCCGCCAUAUUGCUUGUUCUUAUAUUCAGUGGUAGCGCACGUUCAAACGUGCGUGAGCACGCAGUGAUGUGUAUUGCAUACGGGGAGAUUAUUAAGUACAGGUAAGCAAGGUGUGUAUAUAUACAUAUUGUACUGCAUCUCCGCGGCGGAAAAUGGCACCUAUCGUGUCCGAGAUUAACGUGAAUCUGACAGCUUGAAUCGAGCGGCGCUUGCUUGAUGACAAGCCGUCAUAGUUGGUGAACUCACGGGGGACAUUCUCGCGAUUUCCUUGACGCAUGGAGAGAUCCGUCAUGACAAGUCAAUCGUCCUCCCACUCGCAAACGGAGACAGUCCUGGAAGAAGACACCACCGAUUCAGGGACUCAGGAGGUGCCAACGGUUCAUCUUCGCCUUAGGAAGCCAAGGUCAAGUAAGAAAGUCCAAUGGACUCAAGGUACCGUCGACAAUGAGCACAUGAACAAGAAGAAAUCCAAAUGUAAGAAUGUUUCUGUAAAAGCCAACAGGAAAUGAGAAUUACAUUUCUUCCUUGUGAGAAGACAUGAUAAAUACAAUUGUGAAUAAUUAU